AUGAGCUCCUUUGAGAAUGGUCUCGCUACUGCGCCUUCUCCAACUACCAGAUCAUCAUCGUCUACCUCUUGGGAGAAGAAAACAGCUCCCCCGCACACCAAGACAUUGCGCUGGGUAAACGACAAAAGGGGAGCCAAGAAGUCUCGUUGUGCAAGAGAGCGAAGGGACUCAGAAAGCAACCUCUCAAUCGCUUCGUCAGAGGUCUCCUCCGCCAACGUUGCUGAUGUAUCUGAAGAACCGACAUCAAUCGACACUGAACCCGACUAUACACCCAGCGCGCUGGAGUGUUUUGGAGAAUUUUCACUCAUAACAGCGCCCACUGAGCUCCUUUCAGCACAAGAGAGGGUUCUAUUUCAACAUUUCUCGGAACGAGUCGCUCCUGUCAUGGUCGUCCUCGAUUCUGUUAGCAACGGCUAUAGGCACAUCAUUCUCCCGCUUGCCUGUCAGGACCAGGUCCUCGGGCGUGCUGUGUCUGUCGUUGCUGCAUUCCACCUCGCGCAACAAGCCCCAGAUCUGGCUCCCAUCGCCGAGGCUGGACACCGCGCGGUUGUAGAGAAGCUCAGACGUGACUCGCUGGAGCUGGAGCCGAAUCAGCUCUUUAACCCUUAUACCCUCGCAACAAUCCUUGUUCUGCUUGUUGGGGACACCAUUACGGGCGCAAGCAACUAUCGUUAUCUUCUGGAGAUGCUCGCCUGCCUAAUGCGGCUGCCCGAGUCCGUGUACAUGCUUCCCGGGAGCGUGAGGGCUUUCUUCAUGCAGCAGGUGAAGAUGUUUCAAUUAUUUGGUCUCCCGUUGUCAGAUGUGGAUAAGGGCCUGCAAAUCAUGUCGACUGCUCCUGAACACUACCUCGAAUUCAUGGAUUACCCGGAAAUCGCGCCGACAUCCGAGCAAUUCAUGAACCUGCAGCUCAUGCGAUCGGCCAUUUGCGACGCUUGUGAAAUUUACAGAAACUGCGCCGACCCGUCUUCGUUCUCCCCUGCUGUGUCCGUUGAUGUGAUAGAAAGACUCCGCCACAAAGUUAUUGGGCUCGACUCCUUCAGCAAAGGUGCUCACGCACUUGUAUGGACUUACUAUAUAGCCGCCGCGGAGAGCGUAUCCCCUGAGCACCGAGAAUUCUUCACCGAACGUCUGGGAUCGCUCUACCAGUAUACCAGAUUUGGCAGCAUUCCCGCCGCCCUCCAGGCUCUUCAGACGAUAUGGAACAGGAGGAAGGCGCGGAAGUGGAUUGAGAUCAUCAUGGACGACGCACCUAUCCUAGUCAUGUAG